CAAUCCAAAACCUAUUGAUUUCUGCCCCCCAACCUCACAUUACGGCAUUAAGCCAAUUCUACGGCUAAAUUGACAUCAUUCUCCCUCGGCGGCGAAAUUGUUCCUCGCAAUCUCUAUAUCCGCUGAACUCCGGUGGAUCUCUCUCCGGCGAAAUCGAGCUGUCUUGUGGUUUCUGUUGUUUCUUUGAAUUUCAUGAAAGUGGAGCAUAAAUGGCAAACUAUUCAGGGAAAGGAUCUCCACUAAAUGGUUCUGUGUAUGUCUGUAACUUGCCCCUUGGUACAGAUGAAGAUAUGCUAGCUGAAUAUUUUGGCACGAUAGGGGUGCUAAAGAAAGACAAACGAAGUGGUAGGCCUAAGAUAUGGUUAUACCGUGAUAAAGUUACAAAUGAGCCCAAAGGAGAUGCUACAGUCACAUAUGAAGACCCUCAUGCUGCAUUGGCUGCUGUUGAAUGGUUCAAUAACAAGGACUUUCAUGGGUCGAUAAUUGGGGUAUUUAUUGCAGAGUCUAAGAACAAAGACGAGGCUUCCUAUGUUACAGGGAAUCAAAUUAGUGACCCCAAUCUGAGUAGUGGUCUCGAUGUGCUGGAAGAAGGUUCCAAGGAUAUAGAUGGAGGUGGUGGAAGAGGUAGGGGCAGGGGAGAUGCUUCUGCAAAGGCAUGGCAACAAGAUGGUGACUGGAUGUGUCCGAAUACAAGUUGCUCUAAUGUAAACUUCGCAUUUCGUGGAGUUUGCAACCGUUGUGGAACUGCUCGACCUGCUGGUGCUGGUGGCGGUGGGGCUGGAGCUGCUGGUCGUGGUAGAGGACGUGGUAGCCAGAACCAGGGAGCCCCUACUCGUGCAGUAGGUGGUCCUCCAGGCCUAUUUGGUCCAAAUGAUUGGUCUUGUCCGAUGUGUGGUAACAUAAAUUGGGCUAAGAGGAACAAGUGUAACAUCUGCAACACCAACAAACCUGGGACCAAUGAGGGUGGUGUGAGAGGAGGGCGUGCUGGAGGUUAUAAAGAACUCGAUGAAGAAGAAAUAGAGGAAACUAGACGUCGGAGGAGAGAGGCUGAAGAAGAUGAUGGUGAGAUGUAUGAUGAGUUUGGAAAUCUGAAAAAGAAGUUUCGUGCUAAAAUGCAGCGAGCAGAAUCAGCCCAGAGCCUUCCCCCUGGAGUAGGACGCGCCGGAUGGGAAGCUGAGGAAUUAGGUGUGGCUGACCGAGAUAGAAAGGAGAGAAGCAGAGAAAGAUCAAGAGAUUAUGAUGAGAGAUCUAGGCACCGGAGCAGAAGCAGAGAGAGGGAUAGGGGAAGAGACAGAGACCGCUCCUACGACUAUGAUCGAGACAGAGAAUAUGGCCGUGACCGAGACCGUGAGCGGAGCAGGCAUCGUUAUUGAAGGUUGUGUUGGUGCUUCCAUGAAAAUGUUGUCCAGUUUUGGUAUUAGUCAAACUUCAUUUGUCUCAUGUUUACAUGGGCUGUUAGUAUGUCACCUUCUUGAGGUUGCUUCACCUUUGUCAAAUUCAUAUGUUUGACUAUUCGACUUUAUCUUGGUUAUCUUUGUCAAACUCAUAUGUUGGAUAUUCGUUUUGGUACAGAUCUUGUUUCUAAGGAGGCAAUCAACUUUCUUCCCUUUUUGUUUA